AUGGAAAGUGAAAGUUCAACAAAUACUCAUUAUAAGCAUAUCAACAGAGAUCUAGUCGGCUCUAAAAAUUACGAAGCUUUUGAAGAGAAUAACGAUAUGAAUACCUAUCAACAAACUCUUCAUUUAUCCAGAAAACUUGAAGACGACUGGAAAGGUGCCCGAGAUUUAUCUAGCAAACUACAACCUCAGUAUCUUCCAAAUGCUACUGCUAUCAAACGUCGUCCUUUGUCUUACCAUCAGUGUUCUUCGAAUACAAUGGGUCAUAAUAUCUUAAAUAAUUUCGAAGAUAAUGGUUCUUCCGCUUUUAUCACUCAACCCGAACAUGGUUUAGGUGAACCUGUUAAAUCAUCACAUCGUUCUUCACAGUUUUCGAUUCCUUUUUCAAACGGUCAACAUAGAUCAUAUAGUAAUCAAUACAGAGAUACUGAUAAUCAACACAAUCGUCCUAGUGGAUCGCGGGAUAAAAAUGUUCAUUCUGUUAAUUCGCAGUCAUCUAGAACUAACUCGGACAACCGAGAAGAUAAAAGAUUUUUCCAAACUAUGUCAAUGCCUUUUCUCGGAAUAAAUCGGUCAAUUCAACCAAUGACUAAUAUCUCUAAUAAUCAGUCAACUACGAAGAAACGACCCUUGUCUCCUAUGCCACCAGCAGAUCCUAUCUCAAAAAAUAGACAACGUGCAAGCAGUCAAAUGUUACAAAAAUCACCAAAUGGUGAGAAUAUUGUUUACGCACAAUCUAAUUAUGUAUCUCCAUCAUUGUCGGAUCAAUUUUCUAAAAAUAAGAAUCGUAAGUCCGUGCCUAAUCAACAAAAUGCACCCCUUACUCGAGGAUCAAAACAAAAUUCUAAUGCUAAAAUUGAAAAAUCUACAAAACCUUUACCAAAAGUAUUAUAUGAUAUGGAUUAUAUCAAUUCAACAUAUAAUACGGUAGAUGUUAAUUCGAAAAAAGAAAAUGAAUCUUGGUUAAAAUAUCCAAAAAAUUUUCUUUGUGGUAUCAUUAAAAAUCCUAUUACAUGGGAGUCAUUUGGUCCUGAUGAUAAUAAAUUACACAGAGCGACCAUCACAUUGGAGAUUGCGGGUACCACAAUAAUUGGUCAUGGUGACGCAAAGACCAAAAAAGAUGCUGAAAAGAUUGCUUUUUUAGAUUCAUGUUAUAUGAUUGAGGCUCAGGGUUUGAUGAUUCAUUUAACUUCUCCAUCCGGUCAACGUCAGAAUCUUAUUCGACAGUCAACUCAACAAAGUUCAGAAAUUGAUUAUAGGAAACAUGUGAUUGAAUAUUGUGCAGCAUUCGAUCACGUUCCACAUUUCGAGGUGUUUGGUUUAGGACCUGAUCAUGAGAAACAAUGGGAAGCCGUUGUUGAAUUUCCUUCUCAAGGUUUAAUAGGUCGUGGACGUGGUCGAACAAAAAAAGAAGCAGAAAUCAAAGCCGCAGAGGCUUUUAAAAAGCAUGCUGAAGAAUAUAAGACGAUUCAUGGUGAUGAACUUUAUACAAAAACUGAAAGCAACAAUACAAUGUCAGAAGUUGUUGCUAGACAUUUUAUUCGAUUUUAUUGUAGAUUCUUUAAAUUCAAAAAUCCUGAAUUUAUUUAUGAUGGUAUUGGACCAAGUCACAGGACGUUAUGGAAAGCAUCUUUGAUAGUUCAAGAUUCAAUUAUUGGUUCAGGUAAAGGAUCUAGCAAACGCGAAGCUCAAGCUGCUGCUUAUUUGGAUGCUGCAAUAGCAUUACGUAAAGAUUCACCACAUCUUUGGGAGAGGUUUGAAACUGACAAGACUACUAAAAGUAAUAAAAAUUCGAUUAAACCACUGCCGUUAAUAAAUGUUUCAAUAAAUGAAUCAGUUUCUCGUACUCUUAAUCGAUUGGUCAACGAUCUAUGUGAUGCCAACAUACUUCACUUAGAUGAUAAUAAAUCAGUUGAUUCUGAAAAUAAGUCAAAAUCAGAUCAAACUUUUGAGGAUCAAAUAAAUCAAAGAGGGAAUAAAAAUAAAGAUCAAUUCACAGCUCGUAACCUUAAUAUUAGAUCGAAAGAACUUUAUCAAGACCAUCAACAUUAUUUAUGUUCUAAGCAAACGGAAAAAAUCCGCUUUAGUCGUAAUCAACUUCCAAUUACUCAUUAUUCCGGCAUAAUACUUAAAGCGAUUAAAAACAAUCCUGUUAUUGUUAUUGUUGGAUCAACAGGCUGUGGUAAAACAACUCAGCUACCCCAAAUGAUUUUUGAAGAUGCUAUUAUGCAACAGCAAGGUUCACGAUGUAAUGUUAUCGUAACUCAACCACGAAGAAUUGCUGCUAUAUCAGUGGCUCAACGGGUUGCUUAUGAGCGUUCGGAGAAACUUGGUCAAACUGUUGGAUAUCGUGUCCGAUUUGACGCAAAAGAACCAGCAUCAUCUGGAAGUAUUUUAUAUUGCACUACAGGUGUACUUCUUCGACGAAUGCACGAUGAAAAAAAUGGAAUGGAUGCAUUGGAAGGUGUCACCCAUAUUGUCGUAGAUGAGGUUCACGAAAGAGAUAUGAAUGUAGACUUUUUAUUGGUAAUUUUGAAGCAAAUUCUUCGUGAAAGACUCCUAAAUAAUCGACCGCCAAUUAAACUGAUUCUUAUGAGUGCAACGAUCGAUACGGGAAUUUUUUCUGAAUAUUUCGGUGAAUUCUUUUCAACUGGAAGGUGUCCUGUUGUCGAAGUCCCUGGUAAAAUAUUUCCGGUACACCAAUUUUUUUUGGAAGAUCUCAUUUCAAAAUUACGUGAGCAUUAUGGACCGUCAGAAGUACCACAAUUAGAUUAUUCGGACUCUUUAAAGUAUAUUGACCGUGAAAUACAAUUUACUCAAAUGCGCAAAUGUUCUGAAUUGUUACCACAAAAAAUGAACAAUCAAACGAAAUCAAAUGCUGAAAUUCCUUAUAACUUGAUGGCAUUGACGAUUGCGCACAUUGUUAAUAUUUCUAAGGAAGGUGCCAUCCUAGUGUUCUUACCUGGAUUGGAAGAAAUAAUGGCUCUAAAUCGGCUUCUCACUUCUCCACCAUACCCACUUGGUAUUGAUUUUUCCAAUAAUUCAAGAUUUCGAAUUCACUUUCUUCAUUCUUCUCUUCCUUCAUUGUCUCAACAAGGAGUAUUUGAAUCACUUCCAAAUUCGAACAUGAGAAAAAUUAUUUUAGCAACUAAUAUUGCGGAAACUUCUAUAACCAUUCAAGAUAUUGUUUAUGUGGUCGAUUCAGGAAAAGUCAAAGAAAAACGAUAUGACCAGUCAAAAAGAAUGACAAAUUUAGUUACUACCUGGAUAAGUCAAUCUAACUCUCGUCAACGCUCAGGCAGAGCUGGUCGUGUUCGUGAAGGCGAAUAUUAUGUGAUGAUGACACGUACUCGAUAUCAAAGUCUUGAAGGUUACUCUACUCCCGAGAUGUUGAGAUCUGAUUUGCAAGAGAUUUGCCUACAUAUUAAAGCACUUGGUCUUCCAGCAACAAUUAGUAAUGUUCUUUCACAAGCUAUCCAACCUCCAGAUCAAGCUAGUGUUUUUGCUGCUCUAGAUAAUUUAAAGUCAUUACAAGCAUUAGAUCAUAAUGAGGAAUUAACUUCUUUGGGAAAAGUGUUGGCUACGCUUCCUUUGGAGCCAGGAUUAGGUAAGAUGGUGCUCCUGGGAGCCAUAUUUCAGUGUCUAGAUCCAAUUUUAACAAUUGGUGCAUCUAUGGCUUCAAAGAAUCCAUUUUUGUCCCCUCCUUAUGCUAAAGACCGUGCCGAUGAGAUCAGAUUUUAUUGGUCAAAAGGAUUAGCAUGUGAUCACUUUGCCGUUCUAAAUGUUUACAAUGCUUGGUACGAAUUUCAAUCGUCAGGCUCUUUACAUGCUGCUAACAAAUUUUGUACCGAAAACCUAUUAAGCAAACCAUGUCUGCAAACUAUUGAACAAAUCAAAAUCCAAUUACUAAGCCUCUUGGAACGUGCUGGAGUUGUACCUAAACGGGAUUAUAAUCGUCGUGACUUAGCGUUAGGACCACCAGAAUAUAAUUUGAACUCUAACUGUAUUCCACUUCUCCGCGCAUUGAUUUGUGCUGGAGUGUAUCCGAACAUUGCAUUAAAGACUUCAAAGAAAACAUUUCGAACUAGACACGAAAACGCAACCUUUAUUCAUCCAGCUUCUGUAAAUUAUAAAGAACGAGCAGCAAGACUAGCAGCAACUAUAAAGAAUAGUCAUAUUUUGAAACAAAGCAGUGAAUUUGAUGAAAAUUUAAUUGCUCCUAUAGGCACACUUUAUGCAUAUUCGUCCAAGGUUAAAGCUAGUGGGCACCAAGUAUUUCUUAGAAGUACAACACGAAUUGAUCCUUUAUCAACAAUACUCUUUGGUGGUGAAAUUCGAAGCAAUCAAUCUAAUAAUUUUAACUUAAUCGUCGAUGAUUGGUUACAAUUUAGUGGUGAAAAUAAUUCUUUUACAUUGGUGAAUAAGUUAAAAAUACUUUUAGAUCAGUGUUUAACGCGAAUAUACGAAAAAUUGGAGGUAACCCAAAUGAAUGCAAAUAAUAUGUCUCAACAUAAAUAUGUAACGGCGGGUAAAUCUGAUGAUAUUGAUGAGGUUAAAAUAAUGCUUGUUCGAGGAAUCGUUGAAGUCUUGGAGAAUGCUGAUCGUGAUUUAAUUAAAAAACAGCAAAAUGGAAAUUACAACAGAUCACGCCUAAUAAAUUAUUAG